CCUCAAGCCACACACACGCAACGAGCGCUGAGAAACCGGAAACGUGGGAACUUGCUACCCGUUAACUGUGACCCGUGACUCGUGACCCGCGACUUCUGGGGAAACGUGACCCCUGGUGAAACGUGACUCGUGAGCCUGCUCGGCUGGCUUUCGUAUCUGGCAUCUCAAUCGGAAUUGGUAUUGAAAUCGCCUCAUUGGAGUGACUGAUUUCGAGUUGCGUGCUUCUGUGGCGGUUCGGAGAUGCCAGUUCCUUGCGUCGCGUAAGGGCAGUUACGUAAGCCAAGGAGACCUGUCUCCGCGCAAAAGGACACAAACGCAACGCGCUCGAAUGCGUUACGUUGCGCAUGAGAUGGCGGCACGCAGUUCGCGCUACAUUUACUCCGACCACGGCCACCGAAUCUAGUCCGCUCUUAGGAAAAGUUAUAAGUAAUUCGAGAGCCCCACAAAUUGCGCAUGAAAUGUUGGUGGAAUACUUUAUGGCGCUGCUCGUGAUCAUGGGAUUAACCGCACCAGUCGACAAGCAGAGCCGGCGCAGCAGCCAAUACUUCGGUCAUAUGGCCGCCGCCGAGGAUCUGUCCAAUAUGAUACCAGAUAAUUACGAUGGAAUCAACCCACUAUUCGACAACUCCACGGAGCGGGAGAUCAUCGCCGCCUUGGGCACCACCGCCCGCCUCCACUGUCAAGUGCGGCACCUGGGCGAUCGGGCAGUGUCCUGGAUAAGACAGCGGGACCUCCACAUCCUCACCAUCGGCAUCAUGACCUACACAAACGACCAGCGCUUUUUGGCGCGCCACAUCGACAACUCCGACGAGUGGGUGCUCAAGAUCGUUUCGGUGCAGCCAAGGGAUGCGGGCAUCUACGAGUGCCAGGUGUCCACGGAGCCCAAGAUCAGCCUGGCCUACAAGCUGAUUGUUGUGACCUCCAAGGCCCAGAUCCUGGCCAACCGCGAGCUGUUCAUCCAGAGUGGCAGCGACAUCAAUCUGACUUGCAUCGCACCCCAGGCUCCAGGACCCUACACGCACAUGCUGUGGCACAAGGACACGGAGCUGGUGAGCGACUCCUCGCGGGGCGGCAUCCGCGUGGUGUCCGAACAGCAGAUGAAGACCAGCAACCUGGUGAUAUCGCGGGUCCUGCACACGGACUCCGGCAACUACACCUGCUCAGCGGACAACUCGAAUUCUGACAGCGUCUUUGUGCAUAUCAUUAAGAGUGAGCAGCACGCGGCCAUGCAGCACGAACUGGGGUCGAGACUGGAUCUGCCUCCGCUGCCCCUGCUGCUCCUGGCGGUCCUGCUGGUCGUCCUGCUGGCCCCCACCCCCUCCUCCACCACCCUCAACCCCCGUGCAACCCCCUAAGCCGAGCCAAAGUCGAGCGGCAACUUAUGUUCGAUGUCUGGAACUCCGGGAGCCACAGAGCCGGUCAUCAUCUCGUUACAGGCCACGCCCACGCCUUCGCUAACGCCCCGGAAAAAUGGCUGGAUGGAGGAGGUUAACGACGUCGAUGUCGCGUUGUCUUGUAAAUAUGUAAAUUGAGUUUUUGUUUAUGUUUGUGUUUUGUGGCUCAGUCUCUAAGUAUUUUUAUACGUAAUUAAGUAAAUAGGUUGAGAGUGCAUAUGUGGCGCAAUGUAGCAAUUGAGCAUAAAGCGUAUUUGACAGAUACAUUCUGUGCACACGACCGCAUACCUAGAGAUACCAAAGUGAGCAAUCGAAUCGAAUCGAAUCCGUAACGAAUGUAAAUAAAUGUUUAAUCUUAAUA